AUGAAAAAAAGCACUUGUUCAUCUUCCGAUAACUCGAAGUCUUCAUUUUUUAAUGAUGGAAAUUAAUUAUUUACAACUUCAUCAUACGAAAAUCUUCAUUUUGUAGAUCAAGGAAUUUUUUAAAUGACCUAUCAAAAGAAGAUAAUAAUUGUAACAAUAUAUAUGGCGGAUUCUAUUCUUAAAAUUAGUGAUGAAAAAUCAGAUAGAUACAUCGAUGUUGAAAAUAUAUGCCUGAAAGGUAUUAUCAAUUAAAAAAACAAGCAAUUUGGUUUUAGACUAAGCAAAAAUGGAUAGUAUGCCGAAUUUUUUGGAAUUCAAUUAGAAAUAUUGAAUAAAAUUAAGAUAUACAUGAUUCAAUCUGAUUUUUAAUCAAAGUAUAAAGUAAUAAAAAAGGUAGGAAGUGGAUAUUUAUCUUAAGUUUACAAAGCGUAGAACAUUAUGAAUGGUCAAGAAUUUGCUGUUAAAAUAUACGAAAAAUCAAACCUCAUAAAAAGUAAUAGUUAUGAGAGGGAGUUGUGUAUGAAUGAAAUUCGCAUUCUGAGAUAAAUCAAUCAUAAAGGUUUGUUGAAAUUAUACGAGAUUUUUGAAGGAGAAUUAAAUAUCUAUAUCGUCACAGAAUUAUUAGAAGGAGGGCCAAUAAAAUAAUACAUAAUUAAUUAAGACCUUACUGAAUAAGACAUGAUGAAAAUAAUGAAGUCGCUUUUCAUUUCUUUAAAUUACUUACACAAAUUGAAUAUUUAUCAUACAGAUAUUAGAUUUGAUAAUAUCAUACUAAGGGAUCCCAUGGACUUAGAGUCGGUUUGCUUGAUCAAUUAUGGGAAAGCAGUUUAAAUACCUUAAAGAACUAAGACUUUAGAUCAUAUGACUUCGUAAGAAGAGGGAGCUCUGAAAUUCUAUAUGAAAAAAGACAUAUACUCUUUAAGCAUAAUUAUGUUGAGCAUUUUCACCUAAAAGUUUUAUUAAGAAAAUCAAUUGGUUGAUGAAUUACUAAUGAAAAACUUUAAAAACAUCAGUUAUAUUGAGUAUAUGGAAUUAUCACCUCCUUUUAGACGGUUUUUCGAAAUGAUUUUUACAGAAAAAUAUCAAAAAUAAAUUGAUUCUCUAAAUUGUGAAAAUAUUUUGGAACUUGAUGUGUUCAAACAACUGAACAAACCUAGAAAUUCGAAAAUAUUAAUUUCUUAAUAGUUAGCUAAUGGUUUAGCAAGAAGGACAAGCAAAUAUGCACCAAGAUUUUCUCAAAGGGAAAAAUUGGAAUAGUCCCUUAAUAUCAUAAAACUCCCUCCCAUCAAUGGAGACACUUCAACGUCCACAGAUAAAUCCUACUCUCCUAGUCCAUAAUCAGAUCGUUUCAUCUCUAAUUAAUUAACAAAUAUUUUAAAGGCUAGACAUUUUUAUUAACGAAAAAAUGCUUUAAAAUAAAAUAUCCUCAUAUGA